CACAUUAUCUUGUGAAAUAUACAGCAAGCAAAACUUAUAAAGUCAGAACCAGAGGUUUCUUAAGAUGUAAUGGAAAGAUUCAAAACAUGGUCUCCUAUGAGGUACAGUAUGGAACCAGGAGACAAGUUGCCACUGCUUUUAUUAUUGGAUCUGGGACAGAGACCGAGAUGAUCCAAAUGAAAACAGACAGAGAGACAUCACAGCCACCAGGUGAAGCAUCCACAAGACUACCAACACCACCUUCAACUGAACAAACAGGACAGCCAACUAGUCCACCUACCAUCAGACGUCACGCCAAGAGGAAAAGGACAACAAGUACGACACCAAUGAGGCAAUCAAAAACUGCUGCAAAAAUUUUAUACAGCAAAGUAUCACUCUCCAAAACUACACCAUCUACAACAUCUGAAUCAACAACCAGACAAUCAGCCUCUACCUCCAGAAUAGUACCACCAACAUAGCUUACAUCAACACAACCACCAUCACAAGCACCUUCAACCAUGUAUGCAUGUUCCAUUUUUCCUGAUGAACACAAGAUUAUUAAGUUAUUAUAUGUUAUAAUAGAGGGAGUUGCCACACUUGACCAUAAACUAACUGAUAUCAAUAGACGCCUAAAGACCCUUGAAGCCAAACAGGACAAUUUGCAUAACCUACUGCAAAGACAUUAUGCAAAGAAGUGACAACUUCCUUGAAUGUGAAACAUGAGAGAUUUCUGUGAAUUUAUCACUACAGACAUUGCUAUGACCAUUGAAAAUAUGAAAGUGUUUCUUUUACUUUUUCGUUCAAUUUGAAGACUGAGUUAGAAUUGCAUGUUUCUGUUGAUAUAUUGUGCAAAAUGAUCACAAGAUAACUAUGAGAAAACAGAAUGACCAAACAAAGAUCAUUGACCUUCAUAUAUUUAGUGAAAUAAAUAAAAAAACAAUUGUUAAUAUAAUUGUUAUCAUUAAAUACUUAGUUACACAAUAUUUUAAUAAAAAUAUUACAUGAAAAUAACAACUUCACACAUAAAAAUACAAAUCAUUCACAAAAGUAGUUUACCAUUAGAAGUCUCAGACAAUUUUGAUCUACAUGAAGUGACGAUUUGAACAUUUUUGCCAGAUAUUGUUUAUCUAUAACUAUACAGAUUUUGUCCAUCUAUAAGUUUCCCAGAUUUUGUGAUUAGUCACAAAUUAUUUUUAGUGUUUCCCAGUUGGAAGGCAGAAUCCAAAAAAAAUAUGUUUAAUCUAUAUGCCCCAAGGAUAAUUAUGGUUUCAAUUGGC